AAAGGGUCACUGUUCAGUUGCUUAAGUUACAGCAGCCUUUCCCCUAAAGGAAGCAGCGUCAACUGUACUCAAAUGGACAAACUUUAGGGAUAGUAAAUAGUUCAUUGAAGUGGCACUGUGUUGCUGAUGGAAGAGAGACAGAAUCUGAAAUUUCACAGUGUUGUAAUUGUAGGAGUCCUACCAAUAAGGUAAUGUCAGGCUCCUGGAUCAUAUGCUGUAAUAAAAAAAACUCAUCCAAGAAUGGAGUACAUGAAACGGACAAAAUGGCUGAAAAUGUGCAAGAAAAAAUGAAGAUGAAACAAGAAAUUACUUUGCUUAAUGGUGUUUCUUUAAUAGUAGGGAACAUGAUUGGUUCUGGGAUAUUUGUGUCACCCAAAGGUGUUUUGAUGUAUAGUGCCUCCUAUGGACUCUCACUAUUCAUUUGGGCCCUUGGUGGGGUCUUUUCGUUGUUUGGAGCUCUGUGUUAUGCUGAACUGGGAACAUCCAUUGUUAAAUCAGGAGCUAGCUAUGCCUAUAUACUAGAAGCUUUUGGUGAAUUCACAGCCUUUAUCAGACUGUGGUCUUCCUUGCUAAUUAUUGAACCAACAACUCAGGCUGUAAUAGCAAUUACAUUUGCUAAUUAUAUUGUUCAACCAAUUUUUCCAUCCUGUGAGCCACCAUACGAAGCAGUCAGGUUGAUUGCAGCUGCUUGCAUCUGCACCUUAACAUUUAUUAACUGUGUCAACGUAAAGUGGGGAACCAGAGUACAAGAUCUGUUCACAUACGCAAAAGUUAUGGCCCUUAUCAUGAUCAUCUCGGUGGGUCUUUAUAAAAUUAGUAAAGGAGAAACAGAAAAUCUUAAAGCUCCAUUUGAAGGUUCAACAACUGAUGUAGGAUAUAUAGCACUUGCUCUGUAUUCAGCCCUCUUUUCCUACUCUGGAUGGGAUACCCUGAAUUAUGUCACUGAGGAGAUGAGGAAUCCUGAAAGGAAUCUACCCCUCUCAAUUGCAAUUUCAAUGCCUAUUGUGACCAUUAUUUACUUGCUGACUAACAUAGCAUACUAUGUAGUUUUGGACAUGCCAGCUCUCCUAACAAGCGAUGCAGUGGCAGUGACAUUUGGUAAUGAAACCCUUGGUUAUGCUAAGUGGAUAAUUCCUAUUGCGGUGGCCAUGUCCUGUUAUGGUGGAUUAAACUCAUCAACUAUUGCAGCUUCCAGGCUUUUUUAUGUUGGAGCCAGAGAAGGACACCUUCCUGACAGUUUGAGUUUGAUUCAUAUAAAGUGUUUCACACCAAUCCCUGCUCUUUUCUUUAAUGGUUUAAUGACUUUGCUCUACCUCCUUGUGGAAGAUGUCUUUCUCCUCAUUAAUUACUACAGCUUCAACUACUGGCUGUAUGUUGGGCUGUCUGUUGCAGGAUUAAUAUACCUGAGACGUACUCAGCCUGAUAGGCCACGGCCUAUUAAACUCAGCCUCUUCUUUCCUGUAGUAUACUGUUUAUGUUCCAUUUUCCUGGUCAUGGUUCCUCUCUACAGCGAUACAAUCAAUACCCUCAUUGGAAUUGGCAUAGCCCUCUCUGGAAUUCCUGCAUAUUAUUUGGGAGUUUAUUUACCAUCUGAAAAGAAACCUAAAUGUCUUCAGUGGCUCUCUGCUACAACAACAAAAUAUGUUCAGAUGUUGUUCUACUGUUGUCUGACAGACUUGGACACUGAAGUGGAUCAGACAGAAGCUAAAGCCGAAUAGGGUUGUCUGGACAUUUGCAUACUUGAAGCAUUUUUAGUGUCUGAAAUUCUUUGUGUAGGGUUGGUUGCACGAAAGUACCAACAAUUACACUGUACAUCAGUUUGAUGUUAAUUAUUUUUGUGCUUAUUUUA